AUGUUUGCUGCUUCCGAGGUCGUGCAGUGCGGCAUCCAAGUGGAUGUCAUCGUCUACAACUCAGCCCUCACCGCCUGUGGCCGUGCGAGCGAGUGGCAACGGGCCCUGGAGCUUCUACGGAGCGUCGAUGCUGGCGGCCUUCUGCCGACAGUCGUUACAUUCGGUGCGGCCAUCAGCGCCACGGAGAGGGCCGCAAAGUGGCCAGAAGCUCUGCUGCUGUUGGAGGACUUGGGGCGGAGGGGCUUGCAGCCGAACGUGAUUCUAUGCAGUUCCGCAGUCAGUGCCUGUGAGAAGGCUGCUGAGUGGCAGCAAGCCUUAGGCUUGCUCGUGGAGAUGCAAGCUUUAGAGGUGCAGGCCAACAUCAUCACUUGCAAUUCUGCAAUUAGCGCAUGCGGUGCAUCUUCCGAGUGGCGACAGAGUCUGCAUCUGCUCGAAGAACUGGAUGCCAUGAGCAUGCAAGCAGACAUCAUUUCCUUUAAUGCAGCUAUAUCUGCCUGCGAAUCUGCCGGUGCUUGGGACGCUGGCUUGGCUGUCCUCCAGAGCCUUUCCUCCAGGGACCUGCAGAUGGAUCUGAUCACCUGGAACACAGCAAUCAGCGCCUGUGAGAAGGCAGGAAAGUGGCCAGAAGCGCUGCAGCUCCUAGCUGGUCUGGGCGAAAGCUCCUACGAACCCGAUGAGAUCACCUACAACGCGGCAAUCAGCGCCUGUGAGAAGGCUGCUGAGUGGAAGCUGGCCCUUCAGUUGCUCCUGGAGGUUCAGCACGGACCUUUGAGGCCUUCUGUUGUCACCUUCAGUGCUGCGAUCAGUGCCUGUGAGAAAGCCGGCAUGUGGCGACAAGUGCUGGUGUUGCUGUCAAGCCUCGCCAACGAGGGCCUGCAGCCAAGCUUGAUCACCAUGAAUGCUGCGAUCAGUGCCUGUGAAAAGGCAGCUGAAUGGAGGAAAGCCGUGUUACUGUUGAGCCAGCUGCGAGCUGCCAAGCAAGUGCCAGACAUCAUUACAUACAGUGCAUUAGUCAGUGCCUGUGAGAAGGCCAGCCGAUGGCAGCAUGCAGUUGUGCUGCUUACAGAGUUCUCCGCCACUGGCGGGCAACCGAAUCUGAUCACAUACAGCUCGGCCAUUUGUGCCUGCGAGCAUGCAGCUGAAUGGCGGCAAGCUUUCGUCCUCAUGGCUGCGGCAGCGAACAGCAGCAUCGAACUUGACGCAAUUACCUACGGUCAUGCCAUCUCUGCCUGUGAGCAUGCAGGACAGCCAGAGCCGACUCUGCACUUGUUGGGGGCCUUUGAUGGGAUCCUGGCCGAGAGCUUGGAUCCGACCUUGCUGUUGGGAUUGGAAAAUCCGCGGUAUUGA